GACAGUCAUAUAGGCCCCGCCCCACCAGGAAGUAGAGUUGUGAGUUUCACUCCGCUUUCACUUUCACCCUAAACUUCAACAAAAUACCACCGAUGUGGCCACCCUUUGCUGCCUGGCAGCAGAAGGGUCAAGGAUGGAAGAUACGGACCAAACCCGGUGGGAGGAACUGCUAAGGUGCCCGGUGUGUCAUGACACCUUCAAGGAUCCCCGCCAGCUGCCUUGUGGACACAGCAUGUGUAUGGACUGUCUGACCAACCUGCUGGACCACUCCACUGACUCACCUUUCCGCUGCCCGGACUGCAGGGCGGACUUUGGACAGGUUGUAGAGUUACAGAAGAGCUAUGCCUUGGCCAGCAUCGCAGAGGACUUCAAGCUGAUCAAGAAGAGGAGGGAGACGCUGGCCGAAUGCGUCUACUGUGACUGCUGCCCCGAGACAAAAACCGCUGCCUUCAAGUCCUGCCUGAAGUGCGAGGUGUCGCUGUGCAGGGAGCACGUGAAGGACCACCUGGAGCUGCGGGCGUUCACCGGACACCCCCUGGUCGAUCCGCUCAGCGACCUGCUGGAGAGGAAGUGCCCGCAGCACCGCGACCAGGUGCUGCGGUACUACUGCAGCUCGUCCAGGCGCUACGUCUGUAACAUGUGCGCCCUGGAGAGCAAGCAGCUCGGCUCGGCCUCGGACGCCUCCGCCGUCCUGCGACGACAGCUAACUGACUACAUGGACCAGCACUUUAAAACGCUCCAGCAGCACAUGAAUGAGUCUAUAAAUGCUGUAAGGAGCCAACAUGAGAAACAGAAAGGAAACCCUCUCGAUCGUCUCAACGGCGUCACGGUGGUCCUGCUCUCGCUGUGGUUCAUAGUUCUCUACUAUGCCUACAGCUACUCUGUGGAGAAUCAGACGCUGGCGGACUCGCUGGAGAGGCAGCAGAGCCGUGUGCAUCACAUUUAUUCCAGCAUUGCAGGACACAUGGCUGAUCAUCCUCUGAAGAGGCUUUCGGAAGACAAAGAUGAAGGGACUACUGUCAUGUUGGACCUGGACACCGCCAGUCGUCUCCUUGGGCUUUCUGCUGACCUCCAGACAGUGGAGAGAGUCAGAGCGGCGCUGCAUUAUCCCAACAGCGAGGGCCGCUUCGACCAAGCCCCGCAGGUGCUCUCCGCCCCGUGCUUCUCCUCCGGCGCCCACGUCUGGGAGGUGGAGGCCGAGGGCUGCUGGGACAUCGCCGUCUCCUACCGGAGCGUCCCGCGAAGGAGCAGAGACGGCAGCAGCGCAUUCGGACACAACUCGGAAUCCUGGAGCCUGUCCCACAGCGGGCAGGGCGAGCUGUUUGCCUUCCACGAUGGACACAGAACCACUCUGCCCGGAUUGUUGCCUAGCAGCAGGAUAGCGGUGGAGGUGAACUUUGAGGAAGGCAGAAUCGGCUUUAGCGCCGUGGGCGCCACCGAGACGCUGCUGCACGAGUUCAAGGCGGAGCUGACGCAGCCGGUGUGUUUGGGUGUUGGCCUCCAUCACGUCGACCCGCCCAGCAGAGCCUCCAUUGUGAAGGUUUCAUGAGGAAAUGGACACAAACUACUGGUGGCCUAAAUACAGCUCAGGAACAAAUAUUUAAAUAAAGAGGUUUUUAAUCGUA